UGGGAUGACUAACCAGCAGCCAAAUCAGCAGAAGCCUUUCUCUAGGGACCCAGAGCAACCAGAAAAGCCAGGCAUCUUCACUGUGGAGCCAGCAGUGGCAAAUCAAGAAUCAGGCCCUGUUAACGACUACUUUGGCUACUCCAUCUUCACCAUGCUUUGCUGCUGCCUGCCAAUGGGAAUCGUUGCCUUUAUUAACGCCAUUGCAACUCGUGAUGCCAAUGCCGCCGGUGACAGACAGAAAGCAAAACAGACCAGCAGGCGGGCCCGGAUAAUGAGCCACGGGGCUCUCGGAAUUGGGAUUGGAUCUUAUGUCUUGAUCAUAGUUCUUGUUGUUGUGUUAGUAGUGUUGAAAUGAUAAGCUGUUCAUCUCACACUUUCUCCUCUCUUUUGUCAGUCUGAAUCAGGUGCGCAGACAAUCGGCCAAGUGUCAUCAAAAUCUGUCUGCUGCUAAAAAGUUAUCCAUCUCACUGACGAAGAUGCAGCAACUUAUUAAUUUAACAUGUUCGACAUGUUUCUAAUUUUUGUCUCCACAGUCAAUGAUAAUUGUUCCUCUGUUUUCAUUCUCGUCAGAAUUAUGCAGUUGUUUCUUAUUAUUUUAUCAUUAUUUUAGCCAAAGUAGCAUCUAUGACAAACCUUUUGUGACUCAAAUUGAAUGCAAUACACACUGUAAUAUGUUACAUAUGUUUCUCAUAAAAAAAGGAAAUUCUAUCAAUCACUUAAUAUGAUCUCUUAGUUUUGUGUAAAAUUCUUAUCAGAUAAUGAGAGUGAUCAUUUGCAUUUCUCUUAAUAACUUUUGACUAAGUGAAUGAAGAUGUUUUUGUUUAUGUGUUAAUUUAAUAUUACAUAUUCUAUAUGAAGUCUUAAAUGA